AUGUCGAACCUCAUCAACAAGGUCAAAGAUGCCGUCACCGGUGACAAGCAUGGUCAUCACACUACUGAUAAUGCCGGUCCUCAUUCUUCCAACAUUGCCAACACGGCUGAUCCGAGAGUCGAUUCGGACAUGAGUCACCGCAACCACCCAACCUCGACCAGCCACACCGGCUUUGGCACUACUGGCGGCACAACUCAUGGCUCAAGCAACGCCGGUCCUCACAGCUCGAAUCUCAUGAACAAAAUGGACCCUCGUGUUGACUCUGACAUGGACAACCGUAACAACCCAGCUUCCACCAUGGGCAGUUCUCACACCGGCUACGGGACUGGCACGAGCACCACUCAUGGCUCAAGCAACGUCGGUCCCCACGACUCCAAUCUCAUGAACAAGAUGGAUCCUCGUGUCGACUCUGAUAUGGACAAUCGCAAUAACCCAUCCUCUACCAUGGGCAGUUCGACCAGCGGCUUUGGUACUACUUACGGCACCCAUCACAGCACCGCUCAUGACACCACCACUCACGGUUCGACCAAUGCUGGCCCACACAGCUCAAACUUGAUGAACAAGCUGGACCCUCGUGUUGAUUCCGACACGGAUGGGCGCAACAAUCCCACCUCCACCAUGGGUAGCUCUACCAGCGGGUAUGGAACGACUCAUGGCUCAACCAAUGUUGGUCCACAUAGCUCCAACUUGAUGAACAAAGCAGACCCUCGCGUUGAUUCCGAUAUGGAUCAUCGCACCAAUGUUGGCUCUACGGGUGCUGGCUAUGGUACGUCUACUGGUACUGGUUAUGGUACUGGUCACAACACUUCCUCCAUGGCUCCUGGUUCUGGUACUGCUCAUGACACUGCUGGUCCUCAUAAUUCUAACCUUCUCAACAAGCUUGACCCUCGCGUUGACUCUGAUAUGGAUGGCUCCAAGACCUAUGGCGGUAACGAGACUCGCCGAUAA